AUGUCACCAAGAGAACCUGUCAAAUUACUGACUUUUUUAGGAUUGCGAGGUUGGGCUACACCCUUAGUGUUUCUUUCGAAUGAAAAUGUGAAUGAUGAAUUUAUGCUUCAUGAAAGAAUCAAACAACUUAAGGAAGACCUUACAAAGAAUCAAAAAAAUUUAACAACUAUUGAAUAUAAUAAACGACGAGCGGUCUAUGAAUAUUUGGUGCGAUUAGAUAGCAGUGAUGGCAAGAUAAAAGCAAGUAAUGAAGCUGCGUGUGUUGUCUGUAUCUCUCCAAAACAAUAUUUAUCCCAGAAGAUUCACUUUUUGGCAGAAUUUUAUUUAUACUAUAAAUCAUUUCCAAUUACACAAUAUGGUCAACACCAAAAAUACCAUCAACUUAUUGAUGACGAAGACAUUGCUUUGCAGUAUAAAAAAUGGAUAUGUAAGGAAUUGGAAGCAAAUAGAAUUAGUCCAACUGGUUUUAUGCAGUAUGUAAAUGAUUAUAUUUUACCAGAGUGCAUAGGAGGGUUUCAAAAAAAAAUUUGUUUGCAAACAGUGAAAAGAUGGUUGGAUAUUUUAGGAUGUAAAUGUAGGGAAUAUAAAAAGAGGAUGUAUUUUGAUGGACAUGAGUUAGAGGAUGUUGUAGCAUAUCGAAGUGUGUUUUUAGAUAGGUUAAGAACAUUAGAGCAGAGAAUAGCAACAUAUAAGGGAGAAUCAAUGAUAAAAGUUUUACCAAUACUUAAUGAAAGGGAACAAGAGUUAGUUUUUGUAACCCAUGAUGAAUGUAUAUUUUAUUCAAAUGAUAGAAAAAAAAGAAUUUGGGUACAUGAUGUUGAGAUGCCUUUACAAAAAAAAGGAAAUGGAAGGUCAAUAAUAGUAAGUGAAUUUCUAACAGAAGAAUGUGGUCAGUUAAAAUUGACUGAUAGGAAGGUAGAAAUGUAUCCAGAUGUUCUUGCAGAGGCUCGUUGUUAUUUCAUGCCUAGAUGCCCUUAUCAUAUCAAGAAUGAAUUUAGGACCUGGGAAAACCAACCAGUAAUGCGAUCAACAACUUUUUUUGAUUCAGAUGAAAAUAAAAAAAUACAGCAAAUAGUUUUUGGAGAAAAUUAUGAGGAUCCGACUAUGAGAGGAAAGCUGAAAGGGUUAAGAUUAGUAUUGAAAGAAAGGAGACUUUGGAAAAAAGAAUUGCAUUUAGAAUGCAAG